AACCGAUCACGCGGAGCUCAAGUUCAACUCUGAUCAACUUCUGUUUCCGUCCACGGCUUGCUCUUUGCAUCGUUCUUACGAUCAUGGGAUUCCACUUUGUCAUCGAGCAUAUGGAAGAGGACGAGGAAACGCCCAAAUCCAUCCCACCCUGGGUCGAGCUGGAAUACUCGCACAUGCGCAUCCUCGCUGGUUACGGCUCAACCGUCCACUUCACCAACCUUUCCGAGGCCUCGCGCGCCUCGCUCUCUGAGGCGUUCUUUCAGUCAAGCGAUGAUAAACUAGCAGACGCGCAGUGCCACAAGGAAGGGAUCCUUCAGUUGCUGAAAGAGAAGACUAGAAGCGACUCGCUAGACUCAGUUUGCUUGCUCGACCCGAAAGCCGAGAAGGAGCUUUCGCCAGAGGAUGGGGAUGGCAGAUUUGAGUGGUUCUUGUUUGGAGGAAUCUUGGGCGACGACCCUCCACGCGACCGCACGGCUGAGCUACGCAAACUCGGUUUCCCAGCACGGAGACUAGGACCCAUCCAGAUGACUACUGACACUGCGCUUGGCGUCACCAAAAUCGUCGUGGGAGACAAAACGCCUAUUGACGAGAUUCCCUAUGUCGACAUGCCGACCAUUCGCUUUAACGCCAAGGAAUCCGUCGAGAUGCCCUUCCGCUACAUCUCCCGCAACGGCGAGCCCGUCCUCCCACCGGGGAUGAAAGAGCUGCUGCAUGACGAUCUGAACAAGAGUUUCGACUUCUGAGUGAAGCUGCGUGCACACAAGCGAAUGUAUCAUAUCAUGUGCUAUAGACCUCCAAAACGCCCUCUGACCCGCACACAACCGCGCGUGUGAUCUAAUCUGCAAUCUGUCCAUCUACAAGCCUUUCAUCCCGUCUAUCCCUGAACAACAAUACUAAGCCGACGAUUAUACGACACUCUAAUAUACAACAACGC